AUGAACCCGCCAAACAUCACCCAUGAUUCAGACGGAAGCGAAAGCGCAAUUCGCCCGCCGAGUUUGAUGAAGGGGAAGCGACGCCGCGGUGUCAACACAGAGGAAGAGAAGAAGAAGGCAGUGUUCGAGGAGGUUAAGACGUUCAAUGCAGAAUGUCUCGCUCUCGAGAAAUUGGAAGCGGACAUCUGCAGCCUUCACGCAAUUAUGUUCAAGCGGCAUGGGAAGCUCCUCGAGACUCUGAACGAGGAACAGUGGCCGAACACCCCGAGGAGAGCCGCCAGCCAGAUGAGCCUCCCGUCCUUCCGGGCAGUGCUCCAUAACUCGAAAGCCAGCACUGCUCCAGAAGCCACCAGAGAGGCUGUGACCGCCUUGCAGAAUAUGGUGCUGCUCAAGUUCGCCCAAGAAUUUGAGAAGGCGGAGAUCGCGCUCGGAGUCGUUGGCACAGCGAUACACUCGGCUUUGAUCAAUCGUCGCGGUUACGGCGAGGACGAAGAGGACAUUCGCGAAUUGAUGGGUGAAAAUGUCGACAGGACCUAUACCAACAUCAGGCAGGACCGCGCCGCGCUCAAAAAGGCUGCGAGAGAUUGCUUCUACCAAGCUCUCGCGCCUCUGCGCAAGCUUGCCGACGCUUUUUACAAUUUCAGGUUUGAUGCUGCGAAGAACUGCGACAUCGAGAAGCUGAGAGGUUAUUAUGACAAGAGCCGCGACAACCAACACGACCACAUCGUGGACCUGGUCUAUGGUCUUUGCGUUGCAAAUGAUCGAAACAUCCUUCUCGAAGAGGCCUACUUCGAGAAGGGCGAGAAGCUGGAAGCAGCUCUGACAUAUGUGUCAUCUCUCGAAGAGGGUGACUUGGCCGCACAAACCUACGGAGUGCUCAACAUCGGGAGUCGCAGAGACUUGAGAAAGCUGUUCCCGGAGGUCAUCGCCGAAUCCCUUAUUGUUUGA